AUGCACAAGCACAAGCAUAAAUCAAAGUCGCAUCCCUGGGGCCCCUGGUCUGAAUGGGCUUUGGACGAGAGUCGCGGCCGCUGGUAUCGCGUUCGCCAGGAUAUCAACGGAAAAGUCGAGUACGACUGGGAUAACCGCCAGACCCCGCGAGAAGUAGAGGAGCUUACAGAAGACUUUCGAAACCUCUCCCCCGGCUCCUCUUACGACGCUCAGGCCGAAGAGUACACAGUCUCGAGCAGUUCCAAGGACAAGUCCAAGUCGAGCAAAUCCAAGGCCAAGGGGAAAACCCCCGACGAUGCCCUUCGAAACCCCUAUGGCGCCCCGGCGGCUGGGGCCGGAGCUGGAUAUGCCACCUUUGACGAGUCACAGUACGGCUAUGACCAAUCUUCGGGCAACUACUACGGACAUUCAUCCUCAGAUCCUCGAGCAUCGACAUCUUAUUCUGGCAACACUUCGGGCUAUACCACGGCCGGUCAGGGCCCAAGCCGCGAGCCCGGUGACGCCGAACUGCAGGCAGCGGCCAGUCGAGCCAUGUACUACGGCGAUGCCCCGAGCGGCGAGGAAUCGUCCGCGGCGGCAUAUGGUGCAUACUACGAGGAAGAGGACGAAGGUCCACCCACACCCAAGGCUCGCAUCACCGCCGAUGAGGAGAUCCUGGACGAACUGGACCCUCGCUACAGAGUCGAGCACUCGAGCAAGUUCCAGCCGGGCGAGAUCUUCAAGGUCCAUUGGUCUGAGCCGCAAGGAUCUGGCAACGAGCAUGCCCCAAGCGUCUCGGGCAGGCAGGAAAUCCAGAACCGAUUCGGAACAAAAUUCUUUGUCGGCUUCCGGCGGUUCAUCGUGAUUGCAAACGACCUCGGGCACAGCACUUGCGUCCCCAUCCUCACGUACGGCGGCAAAGGCUGCAAAAAGAGGGGCGUCAAGCCAGUAAAGCAUGGAGUGAUCCAUGAGCGUGGCCACAAAGCCCGUUUGCUCGACGGAGAGCCAAAGCUGGGCUUUGCGCCCGUUCGCGUCGAGAUGACGGAGGAGGGCGAGAAGCUGUCCAAGGAGUCGCGCGUCAACUACUCCAAGCUGGUGACUGUCGAGCACAACGUCAAGGUCUUCUUCAUCGGAUCCGUCGUGGCCAGUGACUGGGACCUAGUGCAGGAGGCGGUGAACCGAUGCUGGAAUGAGAAGAACCACCACAAAAGGAGGUCCAAGUGA